AUGUUUGAGUCUGAUUUAGCAUUUUAUCUAGCACUCCUAAUAUUGAUUUCUCCAAUAUCAUUAGUGUUUUUCAAAAGAUUUCCCAUCAAAGGAUAUUCUGGUGCAAAUAAAGUAUCCUUUUGUUUACAAUGUUUAAUUGCAUUACUAAAUUUGAAUAUUCUUUACUGUUUUAUUAACUCACUUACCAUUGAGCUAAGUCAUGACAACACAGCUAACACACUUAGUAUUGAUCCCAUCACCGCAACACAGCAACAGGGCCAGGUAGACUACACACCAAUAAAAGUUUCAGGUUACACGUUUAAAAAUCAAGUUGCCACAAAGAAUUUGAAAUGUGAUACUAUUGUUUAUGACCAAGAUAUAAACCUUCAAGUAAGUCAAGCUGUAAAUUUGAACAAACCAGGAGACUUGAAAUUCUUUAGAGGUAAAUUAAACCAACUCCGUUCUUCAAAUAAGAUUUAUGAUUUAUUCUUUCAAGAUAAUGAAAAUGAAGUUGAAGAAAGUAUUUUAGAGAGAAAAUGGUACAAGUUUUGUGGGUCUGCAGUUUGGUUGGACAAAUAUGGUGUUUACUUUAUGGUUAAUAGAAUCGCCUAUUCCAAAAAAGGUACACGAAACAAUCCAACAAUUUCUGUGUUGGCUGGACAAGUGUUUGAUAAAAAUUGGGUUGAAUUAACUGGCAAGAAAUUUCCUUUUUCUGAACUUGAAUUCCCUACUAUAUUGCCUCAUGAUAUUGAUGAAGGUAAAGAAGAUGAGAAGGUGAUAUUGGGUGCAGAAGAUCCAAGAGUAAUUUUGCAUGAAUAUUCUAAUGAAAAUGGUGUACGAAUUCAAGAGCCAUUAAUUGCAUUCAACUCUUUAAGCACAGAAGUAGAUUGGAAGAGAGCAAUGCAUAUUUAUAGACCAUUACAUGACCCACAUCGUAUUAUUCGUUUGUCAAUUGAAAAUUAUGCUCCAAGAGAAAAAGAAAAGAAUUGGGCACCAUUCAUGGAUGGUAACAAUCUCAAUUUUGUUUAUAAUUUCCCCUUGAGAAUACUCAGAUGUAAUAUUGAUAACGGGGAUUGUCAGAAAAUAAGUGGUCCCGAUUUUAAUGACAAAUCUAAUGAAAAUGCUGGUAAAUUGCGUGGUGGUACAAAUUUGGUGGAGAUUCCAUCAAAAUCAUUGCCAAAGCAUUUGAGAUCUCGAAAAUAUUGGUUUGGUAUUGCAAGAUCCCAUAUCACAAAUUGUGGUUGUGUUGGAGAAUUAUAUCGACCCCAUCUUAUCUUGAUUUCCCGCAGCAAAAAAUCCGAUCAGUAUCAGUUAAACUAUGUAUCUGAUUUGCUAGAUUUCAAUAUCAAUCCUGAACCAUGGAAUCCUGGCAAAUCAACCUGCAGUGAUGGUAAACUGGUGUUAAUUCCAAAUAGUUUGGCAUUUACAAAAGACGACUAUAUGAGUGUGACAUUUAGUGAAGCAGACAAAACUAACAAAAUGAUUAAUGCUAAAGGUUGGUUAACUUAUAUAACCAAAGUUUUAGAGUUUAGCCGGGAAAGAUUGAAUGAUGAAUCCGUUGAUUUGGUUUUGGAAAGCAGGUUAUUGAGUGAAUGUUCAACAUUUUUAUCUCAACAGUAUUGUGAGUUAUCGAAAGAUACCAUGGGGUGGGACAAACUAUUAAGAUAG